UUGCACAGUAAGUGAUGUCACCUGACUGAUAAGGGGUGGGUAUGCUAAUGUUUACAACCAAGAUCUGACUACAGUUUCAUUGCAACAACAGUGAUUUCGUUUAUAUUGCACCAUAAUAUGAACUGACAAUCAAACAGUGGUAAAAAAAAAUAAAUGACUACGUCACAUUUUCAGCGUCCUGAUGGAGUGGGUGUUCGUCAUGAACCGGAUGAGCUCUCAGAGCAGCUCUGCAGCACAGCGGAGGCGGAUGGUCCUGGGGGUGGUGAUCCUCCUGCUGGUGGAUGUCAUCUGGGUAGCAUCCUCUGAGCUAACCUCUUACAUCUUCAAGCGACAGGAAUACAACAAACCCUUCUUCAGCACUUUCACCAAGACGUCCAUGUUUGUGCUGUAUCUGCUGGGGUUCCUGCUGUGGCGGCCCUGGAGGCAGCAGUGUACUGGCACGCUUAAACACAGACACUCUGCAUUUUUUGCAGAUGCUGAGGCUUACUUUGCACCCUGCACCAACGACAACACUGUGAACAACUGUUUGAGUGAACCCCUGUAUGUCCCAGUGAAGUUCCAGGAUGUACCCACUGAUUUCUCUGAUUGUUUAAAUCGAGACUGUGAAACUUCUGCCAAAAAGCAGCGAGUCCGUUUCAGUAACAUCAUGGAGGUGCGUCAGUUACCGUCCACUCAGGCCCUGGAAGCCAAACUGUCGCGGAUGUCCUACCCAGCUGCCAAGGACCACGAGGCCACGCUGCGAACGGUGGGAAAGCUGACCAUCACAGAUGUGGCCAAAAUCAGUUUCUUCUUCUGCUUUGUGUGGUUCCUGGCUAAUCUGUCCUACCAAGAAGCUCUUUCUGACACGCAGGUAGCCGUAGUCAACAUUCUGUCUUCCACUUCAGGUCUCUUUACGCUCAUCUUAGCAGCCAUCUUUCCCAGCAACAGCAGCGAUCGUUUCACUUUGUCCAAGCUGUUAGCUGUGGCCCUCAGCAUGGGAGGAGUUGCUGUUGUGAGUGUCUCCAGCAUGGACAAACCUGAUGAGAAAGGGGUUUCAGGUUCCCUGUGGUCACUGGUGGGGGCGAUGCUCUACGCUGUCUACCUCGUAAUGAUCAAGAGGCGGGUGGACCGGGAGGACAAACUGGACAUUCCAAUGUUUUUUGGGUUUGUGGGACUGUUCAACCUGCUGCUGUUGUGGCCUGGUUUCCUCCUGCUUCACUACACGGGCUUCGAGGCCUUCGAGCUUCCCAGCCAGCUGGUUUGGACCUACAUCCUCAUAAACGGCCUCAUCGGAACAGUUCUCUCAGAGUUCCUCUGGCUCUGGGGCUGUUUCCUCACAUCGUCUCUCAUUGGGACUCUGGCUCUGAGCCUCACCAUCCCACUCUCCAUUCUGGCUGAUAUUUUCAUGCAGAAGGUGCGUUUCUCCUGGUUAUUUUUUGCCGGAGCGGUUCCCGUCUUUCUUUCCUUCGUCAUCGCGACGCUCUUGUGUCACUACAACAACUGGGACCCCGUCCUGCUUGGGCUGAGGAGACUAUACACGUUUAUUUCCAGGAAACAUCGCAUUCAGAGACUCUCGGAAAACAGUGAGCAGUGUGAAAGCCUUAUUCCUCUAAACACAGUUUCUCCAAAUGAAGGAAGCUUCUGUUCGUGAUCCAGUCGUCUAAAUAAAUAUGCUGAUGCUGACCCAGCUGAGCUGACACUCUGGAUACGUGCAGAGAAUCUACCCGAGUGCCUCCUAUUGCAUUUAUGUACUUACAACAUUUUACACACACACACACACACACACACGCACGCACGCACGCACGCACGCACGCACACACACACACAGUCUCUCUAAGGAAACUACGGUACGGCACAGUUCUGGUUAUUAGGGAUCAUGUCAGUGUCGUGUGAGUACACUAAAUACUUUACUGCUCUGGUAAGUUCAUCACCACAAACCAAGCCCAGACUGUGACGUGAUGUUUUGUAGAACACAUUCAGCACCAGUUUCAACAGCAUACGUUUAAAAUUAAACAUGCUCUGAUCUUUGGAAGCUGCUCUAGGCUUGUUUCCUCUGGACGGUGUCGGAUCCUGAGUGGAAGAAUAAAAAGCUUAUAAGCUAUGAGAUGCCUUUGAUUUCAACCCUGUGUUUGAAUCCAUCUUUAAAAUUUUUAAAGAGAUCUUAAGGUGCUGAUGUUUAUUUGUGAAGCCCACAUGAGCACUGCAGAAAUAUACUGAAACAAUUUUUUGUAUCACUGUAAAUCAUAAUGAGAUUUUAAAAUCUGGGCUGAUUUUUAUGUUGAAACACAGACAGAAAUUUAUACAUACAUAUAUAUAUAUAUAUACACACAUACAAAUAUAUGUCAUACAACAGAAACAUUUUCUGUAAGCGGCCUGAUUGUGAGUUGUGUAACACUACAAGUGGAGAAAAACUAACGUUUUUGCCACCCAAACACUUUUUAUUGCACUUGUGAUUAACUGCCUGUGUGAAGGCUGGUGGCGGUGAACAAGCAGAGCUGUUUAAGUGCUGAAGAAAAACUUGCACUUGCUUCGUUUUGUCAAUCGGACAUGAGGUUUAAAGUCCAUAAACUGUUUUGGGGGGUUUAUUUCUAAAAGGUCAUGUUUCCUAUUUUCUUGAAAGGUUUUUAUCUUCUGUCUAUGGUGCUCGUGGAAUCACAUUUGAUUAUUUUCUUUCUCAGGUUUUUGUCUUGUUUUUGUUGUCUGAGCUCCAUUUGUCAUUAAUAAAGAUGCUAAACAAUCUAAA